CAAUAUUCAAUCCUGACCCAUCAUAUUCUUCGCAGGUGUUCAAGAUUUGAAGCUUGAAGAUCCACGUAUACUUCUACUGCUACGACGGCUCGCAACAGCUUGAGGCACCGGUCUGAACUUUCGCUCAGAUAUCACCCAACGAGCUUGGCGGCCCACAGCGGGAAUAGAUAUACGUGCUGGUAUCAACUUUCAAGCUACCUGAUCAUGCAAAUCUGUCCCGAUACUAGCCUUCCCGCUGCCACAGCAUCUAGCAUAUAUGACCAAUAUUCCAUUCCAUCGAGUCCGCCCGUAGAGAAGCUGCCUAUUGAGUUACUCGAACAAAUCUUUGACGAAUGCAUCAGAGAUCCUGGUCGAAUCACACAUAUUGUCUUACGUGAAAAAGAUUUCCAGAGCGAUGGUGCUCAGCUGGGUACCAGUCCACACGAAAUCCAUUCCCAGCCCACUCCAGAGUGGAUAUCUAUCACACACGUUUGCCGCCUCUGGCGCAAAAUUUGCCUUCAUUGCCCCCGUUUCUGGACUCACAUCACCGCGAGCCUCAGCCAGAAAUGGGUCGCCGCGUACUUGGAACGUUCACGCACACAACCGCUGACCAUAGAGCUCGAAACGCCUGUUGUCAGCAUCGGUCAUAUCGUCACAUUGUUUACCUCUACGGCCCCUCGUCUCAAGGUGUUCAGCAUCAAGUACAGACAUGGCCGCGAGAGAGCAAAGGCUGACGGGCCAAUCAAAGACCUCUGCCAAGCAUUCUCUGUCCCUGCUCCACUGCUCGAGAGUUUCGUGUUGGAUGUUUACAUCAAAUAUCCAUACGAAAUCAAAGAUGGCCUGUUCUCCGGAGAUGCGCCGUGCUUGCGUGUCCUUGAGUUGGGCAGGGGUAUCGCGGUCAGCCCUUCUUCUUCUAUUCUACGCAAUCUUCGCUCUCUAGACGUCACAUCUGGCUUUGAUGUCGACGAGAUGCUCGCUUUGCUUCAAUGCACACCGCUCCUUGAAUCAUUGGCGGUGAGAGGGUUUAUUAGAUAUCUAGGAUCCGAGCCACCUCAAGGAGUUCUUGUCCGCCUUCCUCACCUUGCAUGGGUCUCCAUAGAGUCGAUUCAGGUCAAGGACUUCGUCGAACUAUUUGACCGGCUAUGGAUACAUCCAGCGGUCCAUGUACAAGUCCAAGUGAUUGUCAAGGAAGAGGAUGAAGUGGAAGCUAUGCUCGACAUACUCGGUAACAGCAUUCAUAGGGUCGAGAAAGCUGUGGGUCCUCUAUAUCUCGCUAUGGGCGUAGAGCCCGAAGGGGAUUGGUACCUCAGUUGCUACCCGAUAUCCCAAUCACUUUACGACCAUGCCAUGGUCCCAGAAAUAACACAACACCAACACCUACUAGCAUCCGACGCCGGGUGGCAUCGCCGUUGUGAACACGCCUUUUGCAAUGGCCCAUUCGUGUGUAUUGUGUACAGAUAUAAACAUCACGGAGAUAUCUAUGAGGCCGUUUCGUUCGAUUUACAGCGCUUAUUCGAUCGACUGGUACCUAUAGCAGUGGACGUCCACGGACUGCGCCUCAACCUGGCUCUAUACGACGAGCCUAAGACAGCGCAAAAAACUUCCGCGGAGGCGGCGCGAUACAUGACUGCCACAACCUGGACACCGAUCCUCCACGUCGUGUCUGACGUUCGCAUUCUCAAACUGACUCCGGACACUGUCGUAGGCGUUCUCAUGGCUUUUCAUUCAUCACAAGUCCCUCUGCUUCCCAAACUCACGACACUCGUCAUUGAAAAAACCGCGCUGACACUCCCGGAAAUUCAUUACCACCCAUCGGCACCAGACAUGAUCGAGCUGCUCGAACGUUUCCUUUCGAGACGCCUGGAAAUCGGUCUGGCACUGGAACGGCUUGUCAUCCAUGACGACGAAUACGAAUACUACGGAGAAGAGCGCGUGAUGUCUCUGAAGAAAUAUGUAAAGGACAUAGCCUAUUCGGCUGUUGACGAGGAAAUUGAGUAUGAAAGUGAUGAAGAUGAUAGUGAAGAUGCCGAUGACAGGGUUGAAAACAAGAAAUUGCAAGCUAUGACAGCUUAAUAACAGGCUGUGGAGCAUACUUGUAAAGCUCUGUCUUACGGACGAGGUGUCGUUUAGCAAUUUGGAGAACUCAUAGUCUACUUGAUUAUCAGAGAGAUGAUGUGAAACGCCUGCCAUUGCACUUACGAUGACUUGCGCACUCAGUGAUUCACGAUCCGAAAUGAACAAAGAUAAUGACGAGCAAGAUGUUGGG